AUGUUUGACGUUCGUACCGUGGAAGCCGGUGGAAGUUGUGAUCAAGAUCGUGAUAGUGAUACAAUGUCAAUCACAGCGAGACGACGACGUGCAUUUCAACGGCAGGCCUGCUGGCUGAGCGUUAUGGCUGCGUUUACCCUGGGACUGGCACUUGGCGUGUUUCUGCCACUAAUUGGUAUGUCACAGGCGGUGACGAAUGCGAAAGGAUCCAGCAGCAGCGGCAGUAGUAGUGGUGGUAGUAGUAGUAAUAGCGACGGUUCCCUCGAUGGCACCGACACCGGACCCAGUCCGCUGGGAAGGUUCGAUCAUUUACCCCACAAAUUGCCCCACUUUCCAACGAUCGAUGAUCUUAGGGGGAAGGACUCGUACAAUUCCGUGUCCUUUAUCGCAGAAGAAAAGCUCAAAGCGGAGGACGUCUUCCGGCAUGCUUUUCACAUCGAUCAGCGAGACGAUAAGGAUACGAUGGUAAUUAAAAAGUUCGAUCCUGAGGAUCGCUACAUCAAAGAGUACACGGUACGACGGACUCCGGAUGGUCUUUUUCACAAAGGCCCCGAGAAGAAGCUCUCGCAGCCAUCUAUUAUCGAGCAGAUCCUGAGCUCCGGUAAACCGGAGAAGGAAAAUCAGGAUGAAGCGUCGAUUCAAAUUGUCAAUCAUAACUACGACCAGGACGACCUCGAAGACACGGACGGCGUAAUACUGAAUGAUAUCUUCUGGGGUUCAACGGUAGAACAGGCGCUGCCGAAAGGUUUCGACAAACGCCAGAGUGAUUCCUGGACCCGGUACUUGCAGAAUGCCGAAGUCGACCACCUGGAGGUUGGCUGUGGCCGAAUGCAAAACAGAAUGGUCGUAUUUCGGGACGGCACACGAGCCUGCGCCCGCUAUCGACAAAACACAGACCAAAUCCAGGGCGAGCUGUUCAGCUUCUAUCUUGGUCAGCUGUUAAACAUCACAAAUCUCGCACCCAGUGCAGCAUCAAUCAUCGACAUGGAAACCAAACUGUGGUCAUCGGUGACGGACGACAUUUCAAACUCGCAGUGGAAAUCCACCAAACCAGUCGUGAUUACAAAGUGGAUCGGACAUCUUGAACCAGCGGGAAUUCCAAAGCCCUUCCAACCCCUCGAACGGCACCUGAACAAGCUGGACGUCAAAAAUAUCACCGAGGGUCUUGAUAUACCGAAAUCACCUCCUUCACUGCUGGAUCGGCUCGGUGCAACGCCGAUUCCGGAGCUGCAACCGAUUCGGCCACCGGGUGCCCCACUGGGUGAACAUGUCCUCCAGCGUCUGGUGGAGCUGGCACAAUGGUCCGAUCUGAUCGUGUUUGACUAUCUGAUUGCAAACCUCGAUCGGGUGGUGAACAACUUGUACAACUUCCAGUGGAAUGCCGACAUUAUGGCCGCUCCGGCGCACAACCUGGCGCGGCAAGCGGACUCGCAACUGCUGGUGUUCCUGGACAACGAGUCCGGGCUGCUGCAUGGCUACCGUUUGCUGAAAAAGUACGAAGCCUAUCACGGACUGCUGUUGGACAACCUGUGCGUCUUCCGGCGCUCGACGAUAGUAGCCCUGCAGCACCUGCGGGAUAACGACGUCGGCCAGCGGCUGAACGAACUGUUCGAGCGCACUACCAAUGCCAAGAUCCGGGACGUACUGCCACCGCUGCCGGAGAAAUCCGUUAAGAUACUAGUCGAUAGGAUUGAUCGAGUGUUAGGUCAAGUGCAAAAAUGUCGUGAAAUUUUCUCCAACCGAUAG